UAUUGUCAACAACAGAAUUGUUUAAACAAACAAACACGAAAAUAGCAUUCGCUCUUCGUAAACAAAGACCGCGGAACGCAAGUGCAGUUGGCACUAAACGCAGCAAUACGAGCAAAAGCAACAACAAUGUCUGGUUUCGUUGCAGUGCAUACAGGAGCUGGCAACUGCAUCGAUGAGACCAAGUACCAGCGUGUCAUCAAAGAGGCCUGCAUACGCGCCACCGAGAUACUGCGCAACGGUGGCAGCGCUGUUGAUGCCUGUGAAGCAGCUAUAAUCCGCCUUGAAAACUGCGGCCACACAAAUGCCGGCUUUGGUUCGAAUCUCUGCAUGGAUGGCACAGUGCAGUGCGAUGCGGCAAUUAUGAAUGGCACAACGCUAAAUUUCGGUGCCUGUACAAAUGUGAGUCGCGUCAAGAAUCCUAUACAGCUGGCGCGCAGAAUUUGCGAUAACCAGUCUGAGCCACAACCGCUGGAACGCAUACCUCCUAUGGUGCUGGCAGCAAGUGGCGCCGAACAGUAUGCGGAGCAAGUGGGCUGUGCCAUGGUCGAUCCCAGCGUGUUGAUCUCAUCCAAAGCAAAAUUCCAUUACAAUCACUAUAAAAGCAAAUACGAUCUGGUUGUGGGCAGCACCAAAGUGAUCGAAGAGGCUGAACCUGUGCCAGAGCCAGGCAACGAAGUGGAGCUGACAGCUGCACUGGAUACCGUUGGUGCCGUCUGCGUGGAUGGCGCCGGCAACACAGCUGCGGGCUGCAGUUCUGGUGGUAUAUUGCUCAAGGCACCAGGUCGUGUAGGUCAGGCGGCUACUUAUGGCGCUGGCUGCUGGGCCACCGACACAGAUGAACUAGCUAUAGCUACAUGCACGACGGGCAACGGCGAGUACCUGAUGAAAACGCUGCUGGCGCGUGAAAUUUGCAAUGGCGCUUUCACCAGCGAUUGUGCCGUCACGAGCCUACACAAGACAUUCAAGCAAAAGUUUUUGGAUUCACCGCUGCUGCCGCAACAACAGGAUCUGUAUGCCGGCGCACUGACGCUGCUCUACUAUCCCAAGCAGAACUGCGGCGAGGUGAUGUGGAGUCACACAACGCAAUCAUUUUGCGUCGGCUACAUGGCUACCACACAGAAAGUGCCAAAGUUUGUACACUCGCCCCUGCCUACAUAUAGUGUGCCGGGUAGAUCUUGCGUUGUCAAUGGCCACAAUUUCCAUUUGCGCAUUUAGUUGGCCGCAGAGAGAGAGAGAAAGAGAGAGAGAGAGAACCUAGUGAAACGCAGCCUCCUGCCACUCGUCAUUGUCAGUGUCAACUUAUUUGUAGUUUGUUGCAAAUUCAUUUGAUUUAAUGUUUAAUUGCCGCGACAAUCGCUGCCAAUGUUGCCGCCCCAAAAGCAACAGCCAACAGCAAGAGAUUUUUAUUAUUAUUUUUGCUUUUGUCUCGAUGAAAUAUGAAGAAUCAUUAAAUGAGCACUUUUCAUUGUAUAGUACUUAAAUAUACAUAUAUGCGUAUGUGUGUGUAUGUAUAUAUCUGUGUGCAUAAUGCACAACUAGCGAUAGCUAUAAAAUAAGUUUAUUUUGCUUAGAUAUGUAUAUACAUUUAAGCAGACAUUUGCCUGGCAUAACGCAACUGCUCGCGUUAUAAAUCAGCCAGCAACAUGCGAACCAAAAUAUUAUAUUUAAACUAUAUGUAUGUAAAUUGUACACCAAUGACGUAUGUCAUUUGUGUUCUUUCUUUUUUUGUUUUUGUUUCUGGCAACGCAUCAAGUAGCAUAAGUGAAAUUUGUUUCUAAACAUUAGUUUAAUAAUUCCAAAAAGUAAACAAAGAUGUUCAGU